AGAUGCAUCCGAUGUGGAUUCUCAAACGCAGCAAUAACCAAAAACUUGAUUUGACAAUACUUUGCACUUAGCGUUCCUAUUUAUCGUGCAAAAAUAAACGAUCCGACGAAUUUUGUCCGGACGAUUGAAAAUUUGACGCUCUUGAUUUCUGAACGCACCCCCACAGACGUGAGCCAGAGACAGAAAGCUAAUUCUGUCACUUGUGACUUCAACUUUAGAUUAUUUUAUAGGGGAGAAAUUUAUCAAUUUAGUUUAAAAACUAAAAUUGAAUAUGGCUACAAGUUUUACACGGACCCCAUUCUUGAGAGCCAUUACGGCAAGAGGUUACUCUGUAUCAGCUCUACCAGUUUCUGGUAAUCCAAACGCCGAAGUAAAAUGUACUACUCUUCCUAACAAGGUAGUAGUUGCUGCUGUUGAUAAUAAUGCGAGCCUUACAAGAGUAUCAAUUGUAUUUAGAUCAGGAUCCAGAAAUGAAGAAACUGACAACUUGGGUGUAACGCAUGUUUUGAGAACUGCAGCAGGUUUAAGCACUAAAAAUGCUUCACAAUUUGCCAUUAUUCGUAAUAUUCAACAAGUUGGUGCUAAUUUAACAGCUACUUCUGAUCGUGAAACUAUUACUUAUACUUUAGAAGGUACUAAAGAAGCUGUUGAACGAGCUUUGCCAUUUUUAACAGAAGUAGCCACUCAACAAGAAUUUAGGCCAUGGGAAGUUUCUGAAUUAUCAAACAGACUAUUGUUGGAUAUUGCAACCAGGCCACUUCAGCUAAGGGCAGUUGAUUUGCUGCACAAUGCUGCUUUCAGAGGUCGUGGAUUAGGCAAUUCCCUCUUUAUUCCUAAGCCACAAAUUGGAAAAAUAUCUUCUGAAACCUUGCAGCACUAUGUUGCCAGCAAUUUUUUGAGUGGUCGCACUGCUGUUAUAGGAUCAGGAAUCAGUGAAAGAGAGUUGGCACAGUAUGCAAACUCCUUGAAAAUUGGAAAUGGUGAAGGUAAUACUAGUCCCAGCCCUUACAAAGGUGGCGAACUUAGAUCAAACAAAGGUGGACCACUUGCCUUUGUUGCUGUAGCAGGAGAAGGAACUGCUCUUAAAAACACCCAAGAAGCUCUUGCUUUUGCUGUCCUACAAAGAGCCAUAGGUGCUGGACCACAAAUUAAAUAUUGCACAGCUGACAAUGGCAUAUUUAGCAAGGCUAUUGGAAGUCCUGCAGAUGUUAGUUCUGCUGCUAUUAAUGUCAGCUAUUCUGACACUGGUCUAUUUGGUAUAUUACUAGCUGCCCCUACCAAAUCUGUUGGCAAAGUUGUUGAAACUGCUGUCAAGGUGUUGAAAUCUGGUUGUGUUUCAGAUGAAGAUGUUAACAGAGGUAAAAAUCAACUAAAGACGGCUAUACUUCUUGAUAAUGAGAGUGGAGCAGAUAUUGUAAGGAAUACUGGAACACAAGCUGCUUUAACUCAAAGUGUAUCAUCUGCAAAGUCCCUUGUAGCUGCCGUAGAAUCAGUUACUACCAGUGAUGUUCAAAAUGCCCUUAAGAAAGCUGGAAGAAACUUGUCAUUAGCAUCUAUUGGAAAUCUAUCUGGAGUACCUUACUUAGAUGAAUUAAAAUAAAUUUUUUACUUGUACACUUAUUUAUUGUAAUAAGAUAUUUAUUUCAAUUAGCAUUAUACUACAUUAUGCUGUUUAAUAAACAUUCUCUGUUAAUAUAAAGUACUAUGUCAUACAA